AAUUGAGUAAAAGAGAAAAAGGGAGAAGGAACAGUUUAGCUUUAAGAAUUCUGUUUCUCAAAGUCAUUCGAACUCCUCUUGCAAUGGAGACCUCGCAUAAUCCAAACGCAAACACCAAUUCCAAUCCUAAUACCAUAACGUCGCCAAUUCCUGUGUUAUGGCCGACCAUUGAUGGCUCUCUGGGUUUGUCGGAGGAAGAAUCGGUGAGCUAUGCCCGUAGGUUCUACAAAUUUGGAUUUGCAUUGCUUCCAUUUCUUUGGGCGGUUAAUUGCUUCUAUUUCUGGCCUGUUCUUCGCUCCCGCUCGUUUCCUCGCAUCCGACCCUCUUUUCAGACGGUCACUCUGAUGCUGGAGUUUUCAAGAUCAAUAACUUUGGAGGAUACUCCUUUUUCAAGACCAUUUAUCAUUGAUAUUGUUGGCUCAGCUAUCGGCUUUGGUGUUUCCAUGGCCAUUAUCUCGUCUUGGGCAUUGACAUUUUCCAUCGGAGGAGAACGCCUGUUUGGACCUGUUUGGGAUAAACUAGUGAUGUACAAUCUUGCUGACAAAUUAGGAUUAACAGGUUGGAGCUAGUCUGGUUCCCUCCCUUCGGCAACCAACUUCAACCUUCUUGUAUAUAUCAAAAUCUGUAACUCUCUACUGUCAUUGUUUUCUUGAAAGAUCAAAGUUGAAGCUUUUGGUUUCCCUUCUUCAAGUGUUCCAAUUGUCGAACAUGAACCUUUGCAUUACCCAUGUUGAUUCUUGUUAAUAGUUGAUUCACAAGUUUGAAUCGGAUCUCCCUUCAACGGCGGACUAAGAUUUGUGGAUAAAAUUCUAAACUGGUUCUCUUGAA